CGCCCGGACUCCGAACGCCGAAGGCCCAGGGCCGGAAGCGCGCGCAGCCACAGCUGCAGCGUGUCAGUCGGGAAGGAGGGAGGGAACGAACGAGCGAGCGAAGCCGCGGCGACCGGACGAGAUGGCGGCCUUCUCCGAGAUGGGUGUUAUGCCUGAAAUUGCACAAGCUGUGGAAGAGAUGGACUGGCUUCUCCCAACUGAUAUCCAGGCUGAAUCUAUCCCACUGAUCCUAGGAGGAGGUGAUGUACUUAUGGCUGCAGAAACAGGAAGUGGAAAAACUGGUGCUUUCAGUAUUCCAGUCAUCCAGAUAGUUUAUGAAACUCUAAAAGACCAACAGGAAGGCAAAAAAGGAAAAACAACAAUUAAAACUGGUGCUUCAGUGCUCAACAAAUGGCAAAUGAACCCAUAUGAUAGAGGAUCUGCUUUUGCAAUUGGGUCAGACGGCCUUUGUUGUCAAAGCAGAGAAGUAAAGGAAUGGCAUGGGUGUAGAGCUACUAAAGGAUUAAUGAAAGGGAAACACUACUACGAAGUUUCCUGUCAUGACCAAGGAUUAUGCAGAGUUGGCUGGUCCACCAUGCAGGCCUCCUUAGACCUAGGUACUGACAAGUUUGGAUUUGGCUUUGGUGGAACAGGAAAAAAAUCCCAUAAUAAACAGUUUGAUAAUUAUGGAGAGGAAUUCACUAUGCACGAUACUAUUGGAUGUUACCUAGAUAUAGAUAAAGGGCAUGUCAAGUUCUCCAAAAAUGGAAAAGAUCUUGGUCUGGCAUUUGAAAUACCACAGCAUGUGAAAAACCAAGCCUUCUUUCCUGCCUGUGUUCUGAAGAAUGCUGAACUAAAAUUUAACUUCGGUGAAGAAGAAUUUAAGUUUCCUCCAAAAGAUGGUUUCGUUGCUGUUUCCAAGGCACUGGAUAGUUACGUUGUCAAAUCACAGCACUCAGGGAGUGCACAGGUGUCACAAACAAAGUUUCUCCCCAACGCUCCAAAAGCACUCAUCGUCGAACCUUCCCGGGAACUAGCUGAACAAACUUUGAAUAACGUCAAGCAGUUUAAGAAAUAUAUUGAUAACCCUAAAUUAAGGGAACUUCUGAUAAUUGGAGGUGUUGCAGCACGGGAUCAGCUCUCUGUUUUGGAUAAUGGGGUCGACAUAGUUGUAGGCACUCCAGGAAGACUAGAUGAUUUGGUGUCGACUGGAAAGCUGAACUUAUCUCAAGUUAGAUUCCUGGUCCUGGAUGAAGCUGAUGGACUUCUUUCUCAAGGCUAUUCUGACUUUAUAAAUAGGAUGCACAGUCAGAUUCCUCAGAUUACCUCUGAUGGGAAGAGACUUCAGGUGAUUGUUUGCUCUGCUACUUUACAUUCUUUUGAUGUAAAGAAGCUGUCUGAAAAGAUAAUGCAUUUUCCCACAUGGGUUGAUUUAAAAGGAGAAGAUUCCGUUCCAGAUACCGUGCACCAUGUUGUUGUCCCAGUGAACCCCAAAACUGACAAACUCUGGGAAAGGCUUGGAAAAAACCACAUCCGGACCGAUGACGUACAUGCAAAAGACAACACGAGACCUGGUGCUAACAGCCCAGAGAUGUGGUCUGAAGCUAUUAAAAUCUUGAAGGGGGAGUAUGCUGUCCGGGCAAUCAAAGAACACAAGAUGGAUCAAGCCAUCAUCUUCUGUAGAACCAAAAUUGACUGCGAUAACUUAGAGCAGUACUUUAUGCAACAAGGAGGAGGACCUGAUAAAAAAGGACACCAGUUCUCAUGUGUUUGUCUUCAUGGUGACAGAAAACCCCAUGAGAGAAAGCAAAACUUGGAAAGAUUUAAGAAAGGAGAUGUAAGAUUCUUGAUUUGCACUGAUGUAGCUGCUAGAGGAAUUGAUAUCCAUGGUGUUCCCUAUGUUAUAAAUGUCACCCUGCCUGAUGAAAAGCAAAACUAUGUACAUCGAAUUGGCAGAGUAGGAAGAGCUGAAAGGAUGGGUCUAGCCAUUUCCCUGGUGGCAACAGAAAAAGAGAAGGUUUGGUAUCAUGUAUGUAGCAACCGUGGAAAAGGUUGCUAUAACACAAGACUCAAGGAAGAUGGUGGCUGUACCAUAUGGUACAAUGAGAUGCAGUUACUAUCUGAGAUAGAAGAACACCUGAACUGUACCAUUUCUCAGGUUGAGCCAGAUAUAAAGGUACCUGUGGAUGAAUUUGAUGGGAAAGUUACCUAUGGUCAAAAAAGGGCUAUUGGUGGUGGAAACUAUAAAGGCCAUGUGGAUAUUUUGGCACCUACCGUUCAAGAGUUGGCUGCCCUUGAAAAGGAGGCACAGACAUCUUUCCUGCAUCUUGGCUACCUUCCUAACCAGCUGUUCAGAACCUUCUGAAUUUCACAUAUACUGAAUAAGAUUUGAGUAAAAAAAAAUAUGUAGUCUUAAAACUCUAAAAUAGUUGUACUGCUUCCAAGCAGCAGUAUUUAUAGUAACUUAAGCUAUUAAUGCGAACUCUUGCAUGUCAAGAAACAUUAGUCGUAGGAAUUCCUCAUAAAAUGGUAGCCUAAUGAAAAUAAAUUUGACAACUAUAUUUCCAUGAA